GAGGGGAGAACCAGUUAACCAGUCCCACCUGCCUGGCGAAGCAGCAUCCAAAGGAGCAGCAGCAUUCUCAGGAUUAAAGGAGGAAAAAGGAAAUGAAAUGCAUUGCUAAUUUAGGCCAAUGAAGAUGGGUUUGGUUGGCAUGUCUCACAGCUCUUACCUAUAGAGGCAACUGAGUGUUCUUAAAACCUGGACUGGUGCUGCUCACCAAUUGAGAUCAUACCCAGACUUCUCCAUCCUGUGACUUCCAGUCCUGGCAUUUUUAUUGCAACCCCAUGGAAGUAAGCAGUCUCAGUGGGCACGUCCUAUUCUUGUGAGGAGGAAGAGGAUGGAAGCACAUCUUAAUGAGGAGAGAAGGCAAGAUGAUGGUGAUGUAUUCUCACCUGAUGGACCCUGCUGAGACAUCGAUUUUGGCCAUGAGGGGGACAUUGCAGGCUAGAACUGCUCUGGGAAACACUUUAGGAAUACGUGAUUAUGUCUGUUUAUCAGAAUUCAUUUUCUCUGCCUGGUGCAGCAGGUAAGGUAAGCUGAUGAAACUUCUAGCCCUACCCUAGCAGGGCAGAGAUAUCCAUGGAAAUCCAGCAACUCCAGACAGGUAAAGUUUUAAAACCCCUGAUUGUGCCUGCAGGCAGUGGCUCUGAGAUCAGAAACCGAAGCUUGUUGAUGGGGAGUGGCACAAGAAGUUGUAUUUCCCACCGUGUACUUCGCCUGCUCUGUUGGCUACAGUAGAAGCUCAUCCUCUGGAGUGGUUACUCCUGCAUUCCCUGCUGGCAAUAGAUUAACUUGAAAAACUAACAGGGGUAGCAGGGAAGACUACAGGCUGUGGUGAGGAGCAGAGAUGUGCAUUUCCUGAUACCUGACUGUGAGCUCUCUGAUGAAGUGCCUUCUCCAUGAUGCAAGCUGUCCUGGAUGGACCAGAGCAAUUCCUCAUGAAUGUGAAACUGGAGCUGUUGUUUCUGGGUCCAGGUAGCUGUUGAGGUGCCUGAUGCAUCCGUCUUUGUGGCCAAAACUUUGCUGUGAAUUUUCUCAGGUCCUUUGGAUGUCUUGAAGAAUAAUGCACAAGGAUCUCUUGCCAUUCCUCUGGCUUGGAAAGAGAAGAGAAAUUUGUUUCUCAAUAAAAACAAACCCGAACCCACCACUGUGACUCCAAGCCCUGGUACCUACUGUUUUGGCUUUCUUUGCAUUGAGCAGAACGCAGAUUAAAGUAUUAUCGACAUCAGCAUUAUUUUUUGUGGAUUUGGAGACUCUUACGGGUAAAAUAAACUUUGUGUUAGAAAUUACUUUUAAAUAAUGCCAAUUCUGAGGUGUGUUUGGUGCUUUUUGCUUUUUCUAGAUCUCUGUUUGGAGCCAGCAUCCUGCAACUGCUGGUUGCUGCAUGCCACAGUUCAGAGGCCUCAGCUUCCUCUCUGAAAACGCCUACCAGCAGAAAGCCAAAGGUGCAGGGAGGCUAAGGAAUGGAGCAAGUGAGAAGCCAGUCAAUGACAAAGCUUUGUGCAGAGAGGUGGAUGUGGGCUGAAGAAGAAAUGGAGCACUGCAAAACAAUGUCCAAAGUGACAACUCAUUACCCCAGAGAGCACCACGUCUGAGCCCUGUUUGUACCCUGGUGUUCAGGAGCUUGUGAGGGAAGGAAGUAACUGGAGAAGUGAAGGUAGCUUUUGGGCUGUGCUAGGUGGUGAAGGAGCAGCAGAUCAAGACAAGCUGAAGCAUGACAAGUGUGGAAAGGAGGGGGGUCAAAGACCUGGAAACCUGAUUACCAUUCGUGUUGCAGCUUGGCUGGAGGUGUUUGAUUUGUGGCCAUAUAACGAGACGUCUCAUAGUGAUGAAGCUAAGGAAAGUAGAUUUGUGUCUAGGGGUAGAGAAGAGAAUGAAAACAUCAGUGGAGAAAACAAAACAACCGAGCAGGCUGGCAAGUGAAUUAUGCAGUGUGCGUGUUCCCAUCCUGAGCUCCCAGGUGUUUCUGUGAUAGCUGCACUCCUGGCCCAGUGGACUGUGACACUUGCUUGUCAAGAUAUGUCCUGCUGCUUCACAUCAGCUGGAUCUCAGGAUCACAUCCAGCGAUGAGGAUGAUUCCAGGCGUUGUUCCCAGACUGCUGUGUUUCCUUCGCAGUCCGCAUGAAAGAAUCCAGAAUUCCUGCUCAGGGGUGUUGCCUGUCAAAUAAAUACGGUAUCUGUGAAUUGGAGCAGAAUGCAUACGGAAUGAAAUAUAUUAAAUCAGCAGUAUGAUGUGCCUGCUUUUGCGUUUCUCUGAUGCUUCCUGUGGAGAUAUUCCUCAGUGACUCCCUGCAAUGACACUCAUGAAGACAGAUUGUUAAAUAUGAAUCACAGAUGCUCUGAAGAAUUCCCUGAUAUUGCUACCAAAAGGGAGGUGGAGGACGUAAGAGCAUCUUUGUGGUGUGGGUGGCCUCACUGAAAGCCAAAGCCUGGGCUGACAUGAACGACUUCCUCAAGGCCACACAGUCUGCAGAAGAGUUGGGAUCGCAUCUUGCUUCCAGAUAGCCAGCUGCUGCCUGGGAACAAUUUCACAAAUGAAUGCAACAUACCUGGAAACUUCAUGUGCAGCAAUGGGCGCUGUAUCCCGGGGGCCUGGCAGUGUGAUGGGCUGCCAGAUUGCUUCGAUGACAGCGAUGAGAAGGAAUGCCCGAAAGCCAAGUCCAAAUGUGGUGCCACCUUCUUCCCCUGUGCCAGCGGAAUCCACUGCAUCAUUGGCCGCUUCAGGUGCAACGGCUUUGAGGACUGUCCUGAUGGCAGCGAUGAGGAAAACUGCACAGCCAAUCCCUUGCUCUGCUCUACUGCCCGAUUCCACUGUAAAAAUGGUCUUUGCAUUGAUAAAAGCUUUGUGUGCGACAGUCAAAAUAACUGUCAAGACAACAGUGAUGAAGAAAGCUGUGAAAGUCCUCAAGAGGCAGGCAGCGGCCAAGAUUACGUGACCUCGGAAAAUCAGCUGCUCUACUACCCCAGUAUUACCUACGCCAUCAUUGGUAGCUCUGUCAUUUUUGUGCUCGUGGUGGCCUUUCUUGCUUUAGUUCUGCAUCACCAAAGAAAACGCAACAAUCUCAUGACCUUACCAGUGCAUCGCCUGCAGCACCCUGUGCUGCUGUCCCGGCUGGUGGUCCUUGAUCACCCACACCACUGCAGCGUCACCUACAACGUCAACAAUGGGAUCCAGUACAUGUCCAACCAGACCUACCACAGGCCAGUGGAUCUAGACUCACCUCCAUCCUAUUCAGAGGCUGUGCUGGACCAAAGCAGACCACCUUGGUUUGACCUUCCACCACCCCCUUAUUGUUCUGAAUCUGAAUCCCCUAACCAGCCAGAUCUCCCUCCUUACCGGUCUCGGACAGGAAGCGUGGUGAGCACAGACACCCCCACGGCUGGAAGCCCUCAGGGCACCGACAGCAGUUGGACAAGAGAUGUCCAUGAGAGCAUGGAUGGCCACAGAACCCUUCUUGAGAGGACAGCAGAUCCAAGUGAUUCUUUGGUCAACCAUGUUGAUGAAAGAGAAGUGUAACUGCUCCAGUGUUUGGGAUGGCAGGAAGAGAUUUACUUUUUCUGGGCCGGCUGGGUUAAUUUGCUGUUGCUGUAAGGUUCAGGCAGAUGUGUGCCUGAAUGAUGACUUGACUUGGGUCCACAUUAAUUUUUUAAGUCUGCAUUUUGUGUUCAUCAAAGACAGAGGUGUGAGAGCUGAAAGUGGAGUUGCAUCAGUUCCUGACAGUAUUCCUGCAAGCAGGUUCCAGUUCAGACCAGCAAGAGAAAAAGUGCUAUGCUGAAGAACUGCUGCACCAUAUUUCUCAGAAUAUAUACUGUAUAUGAAUGUAUAUAUGUGCAUGUGUAAUAUAUACAAAUGUUGCACACAAAAGCUAUGCCAGGUCUCUCGUUUCUAGACUGCUUCCAGUCCACUGUGAACUGUUCCUUCCCACUACCUGGUGCCAGGUGGUGGUCAUCGGAGCAUGAAAAAGCAGUCCUUCAGGAGGAAAGUAGCCCAGUGCUAAGUCCACUGGCAGCACUCGAAUUGCAGAAGAUGCUGUAGAUGGCCCUUCUCUUCCUUGCCAAGAACUUUCUCCUUGUGAAUGUAAUUUUCAGUUUUAGCUUCUGAUGAUGCAGCAGCUCUCUAACUGAACGAACAAGUGUUCUUUGUUCUUACUCCUCCACCUCGAUGCUAUUGUUGAGGCCAGAUUUGCAUGGAUUUUCUCAGGAAAACCACAGAGGUUGGCUCAUCUGUCAAACUUCAGGCUGACCACAGAGGCAGUGAGGCUCAACACACCAGUGCAAGACUUCAAACAUGGCAAAACGGCAUCGCUCUAUAUGUUUCUUCUUAAGAUAAGAAAUAAGAGUUAAGAAAUAACAAGCAAACAAAACCAAAACUUUUCCAUCUUCAUCUUCAGCAGCACAACCAGCCUGGAGCUAACACCCAUCAUGGAAAACUUCUGUUUCAAUGACUGGUUAGUUAAUUUCUGAAACAACUGAAGGCGGGGUAAGGUUUAGGGCUUGUCUGCAAAUGGAUAUGUGUGAAUACACAAUUUUAAUAACGUGUGUAUGUGUAAACAUCGUGAACUGUGUAGGCUUAGUUCUGUUUGUACCUGUAGGACUUCAAAAUCUUGAUGUUUUUCUUUGGAGAUUCUCAUUGCUUUUCCUUAAUUGUUUGCCAUUAUUCAUAUUCAUUUGGUUCAGAUUCUAGUUUCUUCAGAUAAACAGAAUUACUUUUAUCUAUUUUGAGUUAUUCUCUCUUAAUUUAAUUGUCAUUAAAUAGGCUUUGCUGUUUGAUGGAAAAGCGGAGAACUACUGCUUUUCCAAACCCUCUGUUUUUUUCCUCCCUAUUUAAGGUAACAUCUUUCCCCUAAAGGUUAGAUGCUCAGGACUCAAGAAUUCUUGAGUGUGGGUGCAGGUAGUGGAGUGAUUAAAGUUCAGACUCAGUUCCAACACAUAAAACUGACUUCACUUUGUGUUUGUUUUUGUUUGUUUGUUUUAUUUCCAUGUCUGGAGUAGUCUGUCAUGGCAAUGUGGGAGGCAGGCACCAGAUGGGUUUAAGAGCAGCAGUCCUGCCAGGGCUGAGAUGACACAGUGGGGACACUGUGAAACUGUAGUGCUGAUGGUCUUGGCUUUGUUUGGAAAUAAAUUAACAGCAGCUUUUCCUUAUGGGCUUAGGCAGCCUGUCCUGAAGUGCACUGAAGAUGAUUCUACUUGGUCCUCGUAAAGCAACAUGCAAGCCUCAGUCAGAUUCCAUUCUCGGUGGGAGCUCAAGCAGUAUAGUUACACUGUCCUGCAUGAAGUAGGACUUGGCUAAUUAAUCAGUCCUUGCAAAUUUCUAGGCAGACUGUUGUCAUUGUCACUUAAAUAGUUGCUCUAUGUUUUAUAUGGAAGUCAGACUUGAGUAUAGCUGACUUGACAGCAUAUGUGGGCACAGGAAUGAGCACCAAACCCUGCUGUACCACUUGUUGCCUUUGUUAAGGGUUCUGCUCAGCCUUCUAUAAGCAAACAAUACACUAUCAGGAUUAGCCUUAUUUUUCUAUUGCAGUUUUUGAAACGUUUUAUUAGACUUGAGAAUUUGCUACUGCAGAGUUUACAGUGGUUUCAUUAGACUUUCAUUUUUUUCCUGUUUAAGUAGCCUAAAGCUGCAUUAGUGAGACUAAUCAUCGUGUCCUGUGUAACUUAAGUGGCGCACAUCCCUCUUGCAAGCCUUCUGUGGGAGACUAUUUCACAUUUCUUCUGACACAUGGUAUAUGCAAACCAAACGUGUUUGCCUUUGGAUUCUAAAAAACAUUAUCUUGCAUUGCUAAGAAGUAGGAAAGGAGUGGAAAUAGCCUGCUGCUUCUGUCUGUGUCAGUCACUAUCAUUUAUGUACAUAUAUAUGUAUAUAUUAAUGUACAUAUAUAUGUAUAUAUAGAAGAUAUACUUUCAGGUUGUAUAUAUUCGUGCAACUUUUGCAUUAAGAUAAUCCAUUUGGACUUCAUAAAAGUAGGGGAAAAAAAAGAAGAAGCAUUCUAAAUGGUGUGAAAUUUUCCCUUCCAGCUAAGGGUGUAUUUAUCUUUGUACAGGAAUCUUUCCGUUUUUAAGAAUUCAAGUUUUAAAAGGAGAUUGUGCCUUUCUGACUGUGCGUUGAUUUGGGGAGGCUAUUGUUACAUAUCACUGUCUAGAGAACCAAAAAGAGAAACAAGACUUGUCUUCCUCUUUGUUGUUAGUUUUGGGGACCACUUUGAGGAGUAGUACAGGGAUUCAGUAUCUCGUUCCAAAAAGGCAUGCUAAAACUUUAAGGAAGGUUUUCAUCUUACUCCAGUUUUCUGGUACCUGUAACAGAUUUGCUAGCUGGUUUCUUUGGAAAUUGCUGUAGUAUCAUACUGAAACUGUUUAUAAUGUGUCACUUCUGGUAGUGUUAGUACAGCACUGUGCUGCAUUAUUUAGUGGAAUCUUUGGAGAAACGUGGUAGCAACAACUGCACUGAUUGAAUUAAAUAUUUCAUUGGAAAUCCUGUAGUUCCUUCAUCUUCGUCUUGUAGGGUUGAAGCUGAACGCUCAUGAAGUGCCGUGGAGUGGGACUUCUGUAGCUGGUGAAAUUGGAAUUAAUCAUUCUAUUGUUUGAGAUUGCUCUUAACCUUUUAAUUUGAGGUGCGUCCUCCAGGAGCUUUCCUUUAUAUUUAAUGUUUAAAUAAAUUAAUGUUCUUUCAAAGGCCUAUUUCUUACACAAGUAAAACAGAUUUCUUCGGAGCCAAAUCCUGAUUCAUGAUCUGUAUUCAGCGGUGACCACGGUAAUGAGUAGUUUCACUAAGAGAAGGGGAUUAAUUAAUAAAUUUGAUUUCAGUAAACCAAUUGGAAGAAAUGAUUGCUUGAGGUAAAUAAAGGAAUUGGGUUUAGGCUGUUGGAGAUGAGAUUUGGGUUAUUUUUUUUAAAGAUGGUUUAUUUAAGUUUCAGAAGUUGUGAUUAUCUGUAACCUCCGCAGAAGUCAGAGUGCUGUGUAUUUUAAAAUGAAGCCAUUAGUGAGUCUGCUCGAUAAUAAUGUGAAGUUCCUUGUAUGGCAAAUUACAAUUUAGCUCUCUGGUAUUGCGCUAAUGGAAAACCGGCAGUAAUGUUUUUAAAAGAGAGCCUGUGAAUAAUUUCCUCUGCUCUUGCCUACAGUGGCAUACAUGACAACGCUGUGACUGCAUUGCGAUUUUUAAGUGACUCUGCAUUGGCUCUUCCUCUCCUUUUAAGUCAAAUCAGUUUUAUUUACACCACUUCACUUUGAUGCAGCUAAUGGGGGCCUUGUGAUAGAUUUAGAAGUUGGGUGGAGGAAAAGAGACGAUGACUCUCAUUUUAAUUAAUGCUGCAGCUUGUUAAUCUCGUGCUUUACUUUUUAGACAUCUUAGAAAAGACAAAUGGUUUUAGUAGAUAAGGGAAACUAUUAAUGAUGAAAAGGAUAGAGGGACACUGAUUCUGGAUUCAGUUUUUAAUGAAUAUUUAAAAUUGUCUAAAUGAAGGAAGAAUUUAAUGCUGUAUUUUUAAAAGUGGUGAUCAAAUGGCAAGUACUGUUCUUAACUGUUGCUCAUCAGAAGCUAUUUUGCAUACAGUGCCUGGAACUGAAAUUGUGAUCAAGUGCUCUUCUUGCAGUUCAUAUGAGACCCAAAAUAUGUUAUAUUAGUGCAAGGCUUGUGGACUUAAAUAUGUAACUGCAGAAAGAAUUUCAGUACCAUGCUGGAUUCUGCUUGGAAUGUAUUCCAAUGCAAAACUGUGGCCUUUGUUUGUCCCUUUUGUUACCGGUUUGAGGGUUUUUUUCUGCUUGAAAUUAAGACAUGUGAGAGCUUUAAGGGAAGCUGUAUGUUGAAACUCAACCUUGUCUUAAACUUUUGUAAACUGGAUAUCCUCAAAAAUGUAUUCUGUAUUCCUGAAUAAAGUUGGUGUUUUAAUACUGCUCCAAAGUGAA